AUGGUGGAAGCUACCUACUCAACAUGGAGACAAAAGUAUCUGCGCGCCUAUCAAGACGGCUUUUACGUCUACUACAAAGAACCCAGCGAGAAUCUGCCCGAAAUGACCUGUUCCGAGGCUCAUGGCUAUGGCAUGUUGAUUUCUGUAUUGAAGCGUAAUCAGAUGGAUUUUGAUGGUCUCUACCGAUACUUUAUGCGAUUCAGAAACCGUAAAGGAUUGAUGCAGUGGCAGCAAAAGUCUACUCGUUCAGGUGAAUUCGUUCCCGGGGAUGAAGGCGGCGAGAAUUGUGCCACCGAUGGCGAUGUGGACAUUGCCACUGCGUUAUUUUUAGCCGCAAGGGUUUGGGGUCGAGGUGGUCCGAACGGGGAAAUCGAUUAUAAAGCUGCAGCCAUUGCUCUGGCGGCUUCCAUUUGGGAACACUGUAUUCAUCACGAAACGUAUAUGCCCCUCAUCGGUGACUGGGCCGAUCCCGGUGAUGAUGCUUUUCUCUUGACCCGACCUUCCGAUUUUAUCUUGAGUGGUUAUUUGAUCUUUUAUCAGGACGAUGUAGAACGUCAACAACUGUGGGCGAAUGUGAUUUCGGCCAUUGUCAAUACGACAAGCGGUCAAUUGCAAAUGAAUCCUCAGACGGGUCUUAUUGCCGACUUUUUGAAAUUGGAUCCUCAGUCACGAUUAUAUUAUCCUGCGCGUGGCGAGGUGUUGGAAAGUGAGCAUGACGGCGAUUACAACUGGAAUUCGUGUCGUGUUCCGUGGCGCCUUGGUCAUUAUUAUAUGCUGACACGUGAUGAACGUCUUCGUCCUAUUUUGGAAACGCAAGCGCAUUUCUUUGCAGCGCAAUUGGCCCGCGGAGGAGGAGGAGGAGGCGAUUGUGGUGUAAAAGCCGGAUACAAUCUUCACGGACAUUGUUAUGUGGAUUACACGGAUAUGGCUUUUGUGGCUCCCGUCAGUUUUCUGUUUUGGGUGCUAGGUUGGACAACCCAACUUCAGCAAAUUCUGCAGGACAUGAACCAGAUGCAGGAAAAUACCUAUUUUGGUGAAACGAUUGCCAUGCUAUGUUUGCUGGAAGCGAACGUGCCAUUUUAG